CUUGGACCCAUGCAAAAUCAAAACUCCUGCUGCCAAGUGCUAAUCAUUAAUUAUCACAGGCGAUGAGAUGAGGAAGAAGCAAUCUGGACCUGGCGAUGGCGUUUCAUUUCGGAUCUUUCUAGGGCUCUCCGGUAACCUAACCCGCACCUGCUAACACCCAGUGUCGGCUUUCUGACCGGUUUUUUCCCUUCUCUUCCACGGCCUACGGUUUCUGCUGAGGUUACCUCGAUGGUGACCAAUAAUUAUAUCACCAUGAGCGGGAACGGUUUCAGUAAGAUGGAAGGAGAGUUCAUCAAGAGGCACCACAAAUUCGAGGUUAAUGAAAAUCAGUGCAGCUCUUCGCUCGUUAAGCACAUCAAAGUUUCUGUUCACCUCGUUUGGUCAUUAGUAAGGAGGUUUGAUCAACCGCAGAAAUACAAAUCAUUUGUUAGUAGGUGUGUUGUGCAGGGGGACCUUCGGAUUGGUAGUGUUCGAGAAGUCAAUGUUAAGUCAGGUUUGCCAGGGACAACUAGCACUGAAAGGUUAGAAUAUCUGGAUGACGAUGAGCAUAUUUUGAGUAUGAAAAUCGUUGGAGGAGAUCACAGGUUGAAGAACUACUCAUCCAUUGUUACUGUCCAUCCUGAGGUCAUUGAUGGCAGACCAGGAACAUUGGUGAUUGAGUCUUUUGUGGUGGAUGUACCGGAUGGAAACACCAAAGAUGAAACAUGUUACUUCGUUAAGGCACUGAUCAAGUGCAAUCUCAAGUCAUUGGCCGUUCAGGAUCGUACUGAACUGAUCGAAAGAAUGUGAAUAAUCUGGGUCCCUCAUAGCAGAAAUAAGGUACCUCUUUACAUUUAAGCUCCAUCCUCGGCCUACAACAGGUUUCCAAAAUGAAGAAACAAAUCAGAAAUUUCCGUGUCUUAAUUCUGUGUUUAAUAAUGUGGUGUUUGGUAUUGGAAUCUGUUGUAUAUAUCUCUGUACGAUAGGAAGUUUAUAUUCAUAUUAUUAGUUUUGCACGUAUAAACCAUUUAGUGUUUGGUGGAUAUAUCGUAUGUUGGUACAUGAUCUUAAUUUACUCAUCUUCCAAGUUAUUUA